GAGAAGGAUCCCUGAUUCCUAAUAACGUACUGAGAUUUCACGAUGGCGCCGCUUUGCCGUCCUGCCUGGGCUCUUUUACUUGUCGCGGCACUGGCCGCAUGCGUGCUGAUUGGCGCCCAAGCCCAGUCAACGUGCAUUGCGGACCCUCCCAAAGAAACUGGCUGCGAAUAUGCGACCGUCCAAAACCUGGUGCUCGCAGUCGUUCGGGAGAUCCAGUCAGGCACCGACGCUAAGGACGUUUACGCAGAGAUCAAUUCCAAGAGCCCUAAGUGGCAGUUCAACGGCUUCUACCCGUUCGUCAAUGGCGCCAGUUGGCGCCGCGUCGCGCACGCGAACCUGUCCUCUCUCGGGAUGUACUUCGACGAGGCUUUCGAAGACGUGGGGAUCCCUUCGUAUCCCAACAGGCUGCAAGUGUACCAGGGGAUCGCCGCGGCGGGGGGGGGGCUGACCCAAUAUCUCUUCAGGAACGGCAAUCCUCUCUCUCUCAAGAAGGCCUACGUUGGACCACUACUGCCGGACGGAUCCAUCGUCGCCUCUGGCUAUACGGAGAUCGCCCAGUGUACUUAUGCGGCUUACACGGCGUGCAACCCCAUCGCGGCCUACACUCUCGCGACGUACUUCGGGGAGAAGAUCAAGUUCGCGCCUGGCUCAGCGCAGCCCUUGUUCGACGCCACAAACAAGCAGGUCUUUCCGGGCGUAAUUCCUGGCGGCUUUUACGUCGUUGUGCGGGACGCCGAUCCGGCCUCGGGCUACGUUUCCGUGGCGCACGGGGCGGACUUCUCCAAGGCCGGCAAGACACCUGAGCAAGCGGAGGCUCCGGACGUGGCCGCCGCUCUAGUUGCCGGGAUUCAAGCGGGGAUUCCCGCGUGGAUCAGCUACACUCUGAGGGGAUCCCUGAAGUACACGUGGAUCCAGCCCGCCGAGAGCUUGGCAACCGGGAAAAAGUAUUCUGUGCUCGUUGGGUAUCUCGCCGAUUAGGAGUUAUACUCGGUCUGUGUUGAGAACCGGGAGCAGUAAUUUAUGUCCCUCUAUCAGUAAUCUUAGAUAGGGGAGUUCACGGCGCAAAAACUUGUGCGGUGGCUUUGAUAUCUUGAACAAUGUUUUCUACCUGUCUUGGUUGUUGCUCGAGAGUCUUUGAGCGCUAGGAAGAGUAACUAUCCGAUGGUGUGAGAUUGGGCGCUAAAUUGAUGUCAGAGCAAAGUUUUGUCGUCGACAGAGUUGACCAGCGGUUGGAGUCUGAUUGCGGCUUCAAAGCGGUCGAAAGACCAGCGAAUCCGCGGUAAAACUCUACUUCUCCAAGUGUCCAGCAGGACGUUUUUGAGUAGUAGCUGGCCCAGUGUACCAAGUGAAAAGGGCCUUUAAGUUGACGAUUAUCUUCAUGUAAAAAUCCCCUGUGAGUUCAGUUUCGGCAAACACGAUUGUUCCAUCAAAGGUGAUAGGAUGUCGAGAGUCAGCAUCAGUAAUGAGCGGACAUAUCACUGUAUAGUUUGUAGGUGAGAAGCAUUUGCUUGGAAUUAACGGGCCAAUAAUGUUGCCCCAUAUG